AUGUUGUCACGUUCGAUUCUAACCGGGCGUUUUGUCGCUGCUCGCCAAAUAGUGAAGCCUUUCACGGUGGCCGUAAGGUUCAACUCCUCAGUCUCAGAUGACAAGUACAAGCACCCACUGUUCACACCAAAGGAGGAGUUUGAGGGAUACGUCAAAGUCAAAGACUACUUUUUGCAGAAGAGAGAUCCAUACCUGAAGUACGACGAUCAACAGAAUAGAAGAAACCUGGACGAACCAAUGCACGAAUACCACGAUUUUUUGGACAUGUGGUCGCCAGAUCACUACGAUUUCAUCUCAGACAAGACUGCGUUGAAAUGGUUCUUGAACUAUUUCCUGGCCAUAGCUGGAUUUGCAGGUACCAUCUACGUGUUUGACCUGUGGCCUGAAAGGCCAAAUGCACCAAGAUCGUACCCAGAAGGGCUGGCCAAGGAUUUGGGUGCCUUACCAGGUGAGGAGAAAUUGUACACAGCUAGAGUUGAUCGAUUCGCAUAG